GCCCUCCCACUUUAACCGUUUGUGCACGGCUCCGGGAGCACGCAGCGCGGCGAUCUGUGGUGCGCUGUGUCCCUCAGACACAGUGGAUCACCGAUCACAGAAAGAGCCGAAGAUGUCGGCUCAGUCAUGGGACAAUGCACACUGAUCAUCAGGGGCACUGAUGAUCAGUGUGCCCUGAUGAUCAGUGUACCCCCAGCAGCGCCACCUGUCAUUGUCCAUCAGUCACCAGCUCUCAGUGCUCAUCCAUGCCACCUGCUAGUGCCCAUCAGUGCCACAUCAAUGCCACAUAUCAGUGCCCAUCUGAGCUGCCUUUCAUUGUCACCUAUCAGUGCCAGUCAGUGCCACCUAAUCAAUGCCAGUCAGUGCUGCCAAUCAGUGCUGCUAAUCAGUGCCACCUAUCAGUGCCAGUCAGGUGCUGCCUAUCAGUGCCCAUCAGUGCUACCUAUCAGUGCCACCUAACAGUGCCUGUCAGUGCCCACCUAACAGUGCCACCUAUCAGUGCCAGUGCUGCCUUUCAGUGCCCAUCAGUGAUGCCUGUCAAUGCAUGUCAGUGCCACCUACCAGUGCCUCCUCAUCAGUGCCCAUCAGUGCCACCUAUCAGUGCCCAUCAGUGC